AAAAUGAGUUUGAUUUAAUAAAGAGCCAUUCGGCCACAUAAAUUGCAGCAAAACCCAGAUCUGUACCUGAAUGGGACUUUUCUUUUGCUCAUGAUUGCCUUAUUAAAUGCAUAAUAGAUCAUAAUAAUUACUGCCUUGAUGUGCAUAUAUAAAAAGGUUAUAGGUACUCCAGCAUUAUCACAAAUGUGACACAAACGUAUGCAUGGCUCUGCCGAAAACAAGAAAUAGAUAACAAAUCCAUAUACUGAAAUGGAGACAGAGAAGGCAUGCAUCUAUACGUGUAAUAAAUUUAAUGUAAAAACCUUCGUUCAAAGUGAUAUCAAUGAAAGUAUGGCAUUUUUAACGCUUAAAUUUUGUAAGCUAUUCAGAUAGGGCUGCAUAAGGUGUCUUUUGCUAGAUUUUCAAAUAUAUGAAAUAUAAUUAAAAGAAACUAAUAUAGGUAGGUAGUGUGGAAUAACAUCAGGUCGGAAGGUUUAGAGAGACGAAAUUACAGCUUCAUAUUUAACAAACACACUUUACAAAAGCUUCUAGUUAAAGUAUAAUAAACUUAAAAGCACUACGGACCCCAGCCCCAUCGUCCAGGCGCCUAUAAGUUAACGUACAAUCAUCAGCCCCCAUUCCUGACUGAUUUUCGACGCUGACAUGAGACUUAGCAGAUCAAGUCAAUGGUUAGUGUUUCGAGGCGAUAACGCGUCGAACAAUCGCGUCGUUUUCAGUCGGCAUACUAGUAAAGCGCCCUAUCAGUUUUCUUUUGGGGAUGGGGAGGUGGUUAUCUGCUAUAAUCUACUGUGAAGGGCUUUAAUCGGCUCGAUCACAAAUUAGCCAAUUGAUAAGAUAAUUAGUGCCCUUCGGCUUGUGAAUGGAGACGAGACUGGACGGGACGGGACGGGAGGGGGGCUGUAUUUCGCCAGACUGCCGCCUCCGGGUCCGACUGGCCGCCGCAUCCUGCUAAUAGGUCAUUAACCGCUACCUGGGACAUCAAAGCAGCGCCGGGCUUUGAUACCUGCGGCCCGGACCGGGAUCGCCGGAGUCUCGCGUACUUUUAUGGGGGAAUCGCUUCGUAAUUUUAUUUUAUCCCCCUCCCCCCCAUAAACAUCCUUUAAGUUCAUUUAACUGGGUACUAUUUUCCUCGGUAGUUUGACGAGUCCCCCGAAUUUUUAGUGAUAAAAAAGAAACUGAAUAUGUCAGUGCGACCAGGAGUUCGUCGAUAAAAAGCGCAAUAAAGCGUUUUAGCCUUUAAUCCUCUUUACAAGCCACCAAUCUCAGGAUCAAUUGCAUUAUGAUAAAUCAAUCAGCAUUAACUCCCCUCCUAACCAACAAUUCAGAUGUCUUGGCGCUAAUCCACCGUCUCAAAGUUAAACUGCGGAAGAAGAAACAGUGCAAACUGCAGAUCUGUGGUAAAGCUAAACUUAGUAAAGGAUGAUUUAAAGUUUAGAAAGUACACAGGCACAUUAAAAAAAGGUUCUAAUCGCUCCUUGACAGAUAGCUAAACCUGGAUUUUAAGAUAGGAUGCUGAUCAGAAUCGUUAUUAUUGUACAAUUUUCUUACUAUUACAUGUAAGGUUUGUUAACAAGGACUAAUGUCUUGCAUUACAUAAUGUGAAGGAAGCCAUGCAGCGCAAAGCAUUGUCAUCGAGAACAAACAAAAUUGCACAUUGCUUGUCCAUCUUUGUCAUACAAUCUUGUGGGGAAGACAUAGUAGCGUUCCAGGAAUUAUUGUGAUUUGUUAACCCCCCCUUCUCAUUAAAGGACGCUUUGGGUGGGGGGGCUCGAUGGAGGGAAGGGUGAUGCAGAACCACGAGACAGUACAGACCGAAGUUGCUUGUCUCCCCAUGCACUCGCAGGUGAGGACACGCUAUCUCUCCCUUACACACACACACACACACACUACAGAUAAGAGACUGUAAUGAGGUGGGAUAGGAGUGAAGAGUGGGAGAUGGCCCAGACUCACUGGAGCCAAGAAUUAAUAGGCUCAUUCAGAGUCGAAUGAGACGUCUUAAUUACCACACUUGUGAAAACUGGAGGGGUGGGAGUGGCAGGGGGAGGGUGCUCCCUUUGAUCCCUGCCCAAGUGAAUCACAAAUGAAGAAGGGAUUCCCUUCAUAAAUAGCAGAGUCCAGCUCCAGAGGCGAGUGACAUCAUUUCCACAGGCACCUCCAGCCCGAGCCACACGGGAGGACAGAGCACGGCACUUUCUUUGGGACCUGCACACUCCUCUCACCUCCAGCAGCUGGGAAACGGCGUAGCUUCUGUGAAAGCGAACAGCAGAAUCUGUUGCCGUCAGAGCCAGCUGUGAUACAGCCAACCAGACUACGAGGACUUCAUCUGAAACGUGGCCUUCCAGCGCCCAGACGGGCCCGUGCAGCUCCAGUACAGCGGCAGAGAGCCUUCCUGGCUUCUACUGCAGCAAGAGGGAGGCCGGUGCAGACACCCGGCAGAUGGCACACAGCUCUCCCAGCGCCCCGGGCCAGGGCCAGGGCCCCAGCUCCAGCACCCAGAGUGCUCCAGCGCCCCACAACACCCAGGCAGAGGUAGGCUUCAGCAGCAGUGCAGAGGAGGAGGAGACGUCGGGGUACGAGAGCGAGGGCGGGGGCUCCCCUUUGCCGGCCGUGGCUGGGAAGGAGGCAGCCGAAUCUCCCACCACGAGCCGCCGGCCGCGCACAGCCUUCACCGCAGAGCAGAUCACCCGCCUGGAAAAAGCUUUCAAAAAAAAUGCAUACCUGGGCACCCACGACAAGGCAGAGCUCAGUCAGAGACUGCGGCUCUCCGACAAACAGAUAAGGAACUGGUUCCAGAACCGGCGAAUGAAGCUGAAACGGACCCUUCAGGAUGCCCUGGCCCAAGCCUGCCAGGCGAAAGUUGCUUCUCACCUGAUGCAGUACCCCGAGCUGCAGGCUUUCAGGUCAUCUCCAUAUCCCAACUACUAUCCUGUCCAGGAAACCACAGCCUCUUACCUACCUGCUUCCGGCCUGCACUACACCUCAUCUCCUGCAGUGGGCGCCAUCGCCGCUUUGCCUGUUGACUCUCUCUACCAGUUCAAUGGUUUACCCUGCCUGGUACCACCUCCUGGAGGACCCCCACUCAUGCCUUACCAGCCAUACCCUCCUCAUUACUAAAAACACUGGGUUGUGGCUGCCUGUGACUCUGGGGUCCUGUAUCACGAAGCUGGAUUUCUUGCUCAUCUAGAUGACUUGUCUGAUUUAAGGUACACCAGUUUAAAUACGGUUUAAUUUUGUUAGUUUACAAUUAGCCCAGACUACCUUAAAUCUGACCGAUAAUCCAGCCAAGCAAGAAAUCUGGCUUUGUGAUACAGGCCCCAGAGCUUGUUGCUUUUACCAAUACAUUGUAUUUGUAAAGUAAUGUUAUAAAAAGAGAUUUAUUGAUGUAUUAGUAAUAAACAUGAUAUGAGUGUAUGUUCCAGUGGUUUCCUUCUGAUAUCCUUUGUGUUAGAAAUUUCCAUGCGUGCAAUGAUAAAUCUCAGCCUAUUUAAAAAUGGAAUCGAGUUACACUCAUCAACAUGUGAUUCUUUGUCUUACGUUUAUUUUUGUUGUAAUGUUGUAUUUGCUAUUUAAAUGUUAAUUGUACAUAGUUAUUCGGUGUCCCUGUGCAGGGAGGUAAACAUUGGCUUACAAUAAAAACAUAUACAUUUUUCAUUCGAUUCGUUCGGUAU